AUGACGACUACUAAACCAGUCUGGGUGGGCAUCCUGGAGCAUCAGCUCAAAGAGAAUCCAAAGGCUCUCGUCACUCCUUCAAGCAUUCUGCUCACCACAACAGACACCCGCAUGUCCAAACCAGCCCAGCUCCACCACUCUCCCAAGUUUGAAAUCGCCUGGUGGCUGCCAGAGACCAAUGUCCAGUUCCGCAUCACCGGACAGGCGUAUGCAAUCCCUCCUACUUUCGCACAAGAUGACAAUGCGGGCCAUAUCAUCAAAGAGCUGGGUCUGGAGGGGAAAGAAGAAGCGUCGGCAGAGUGGUGGCAGGGGAAGCGGGAAGAGCUUUGGGAGAACGUCAGUGGCCACUUGAGGGCUGGGUUUGGGAGGCCGGCUCCUGGGACUGAAUUGAGAGACGCCGAAGACUCUAGCAAGUGGCCAGAGACGAUGCCGGCUCAGUCGGAUGACGAGAAGGAGAAGGAACUGGUCAAGACUGCCCUCAAUCACUUUGCAUUAAUCGCCCUCCGACCGACUGGUGUAGAGUUUUUGGAGCUAAAGCCGGUUCCCAACCGCCGUACUCAAUGGAAGUCACAGGAUGACAAAGCGUGGACCGAGAUCAAAGUUGUACCAUAG